GAGGAAGGCGUCUCUUGAUUUUUGACUGAUAAACUAUGAAAAAUAUUUUGGAUGAAUAUUUUGAUACUACAGAUAAGUGAAUCCUAAAGUCCAAAUUUUUCAGUAAACGACCACAAAUUAAAUUCUCCAAAAUGCGCUAAUUGCUUCAUAUUUCCUAUAACAUUCCCACGAGCUCGACUUUAUUGUAAGUAAAAGUUUUAGAACUUCAAAGUGUAAGCACAUUCACUCACAAAAGCAUUUUAGCUUUUAAGUAAGACUGAUUGAUUCGUUGUGUGUUUCUUUAUUUGUUCACUUUUAUUAGUUUUUUCGUGUAUAGUUGGAGCUCAUCUCUCGCUCUCACGCAAAGCAUAAAGGAAAAAAAAUUGAUAUUGUUAUAGUGAGGAGUUUUAAAGUGUAUUAAAUUUAAAAUCGGUGCAUUAGUUUGUCAGCACUCGAGGCGAUAAGUUCAAUUGACAUUUGAGAGCCUCCUUUGUUCUAUAAUAAUCGUAAUAGUUUAAUAAUAAUAAAUUUAUUCAUUUUCCGGCUGUGCUAAUUACUGCAAAAUUGCAAUUUGUGACAGAAACAGUUGAUUAUUAAUAUAAAAUUAUGGAUCCUAUCCUCCAGCAAGAAACAGCUUUAAAUACAAUUGCUGCCCUGUCGAUGUCGGCAAUGAAGGCAGACAAUAAUCAUACUGCCAUAAAUAAACACGUACAAACAGAGUAUAUUAAAGGUUCAGUGGAUGCAACAGAUUAUCAGCAUUCACCGUCAGCAAUUCGUGCUGCAUUUUGUAAUAUGCCUGUCUGUGAACCAAUCGAGAUAUCAUUUAAGGAUGUAUCAUAUUGUGUCCAGAAAAUGUUUUCAAAAACCCGUAAGGAAAUUCUUCAUAAAGUUAGCGGAAAUUUCCCAAGUGGAAAUCUGAUUGCUAUUAUGGGCCCAAGUGGAGCAGGAAAGUCAACUCUCUUGAAUGCUCUUUCCGGUUAUAAAACAAGAGGAGUGAGUGGAGCUAUUUACGUGAAUGGAAGGAUACGGGAUUUAAAUGAAUUUAAGAAAUCUACAUGUUACAUCACUCAAGACGAUCGACUACAACUGCUUCUAACCGUUUAUGAAAAUAUGAAAAUUGCUGCCGACUUGAAGCUCGGAAAUAACGUCAGUCUGAUUGAGAAGAACAGCAGAAUUGAGAAUAUUUUGACCGCUUUGGGUCUUUAUGAUCAUCAAUUUACGAUAACGGAGAGGUUGUCAGGUGGACAAAAGAAACGAUUAUCUGUCGCACUUGAACUUAUAAACAAUCCUACUGUGCUGUGGCUUGACGAACCAACAACCGGACUCGAUUCAUAUUCAUGCACAAAUAUGAUUGCAUACCUAAAACAGUUGGCACAACAAGGAAGAACUGUCAUUUGCACAAUACAUCAACCGUCCGCAAAACUUUUUGAAAAAUUUGAUUUGGUUUACAUUUUGGCAUACGGAAAGUGCUUAUAUCAAGGACACUCGUCGAAAUUAGUUCCAUUUUUGCAGUCCGUUUCGCUACCAUGUCCGAAAUUUCAUAAUCCAGCAGAUUACGCCAUUGAAUUAGCAUCUGGUGACUAUGGCAUGGAUAAGGUGAAGACUUUAAGCAACUCAAUUGGCAACGGUGAAUGUUUGUCGUGGUAUGAAAAUCCUAAUAGAGUAAUGAAAUUGGAGCAACUACGUCAAAAAAUUCCCAUUUCUGAUGAAAAGAAGAAAUCUGACGAUGUCAGCGAAUUUCAUAAGCUCAAAGUUCUUUUAAGGCGUGGUGUCAUCAAAACAAAACGUGAUCAGACGCUGACCCAUUUACGGAUCAUAGUAAAUGUACUUGUUGCUAUAUUGCUAGGACUUCUAUUCAUAGGUUCCGGAACCGACGGUUCACGUGUUCUUGCAAACUAUAACUUAAUGUUUGCCAUCCUAAUCCAUCAUGUGUUUGCAGCAAUGAUGUUGACAAUUCUUACAUUUCCAACAGAAAAAUCAAUAAUUCUAAAAGAGAACUUUAAUCGAUGGUAUUCGGUGAAGAGCUAUUAUAUUUCAACAACUCUCAUCGAUCUGCCAGUGACAAUAAUUUCAUGUUUGCUAUUUUCAAUUAUCAUUUACAUCAUGGUUGGAUGGCCUUUGGAAGCUGAUCGAUUUUCAGUCUUUUUUGUUGUCAGUUUUCUGAUUGUAUUUAUUGCACAAUCUAUUGGACUCCUCAUCGGUACAGUCUGCAAUGUUAUUAAUGGAACCUUCUUAGGACCGAUUCUGGCAGUUCCAGCAAUGAUGUUGGCUGGAUUUGGAGUUACCCUUAAAGAUCUCCCACCAUAUCUUUAUUGGGGCAGCUAUGUCUCAUACCUUCGUUAUGGACUAGAAGGCUAUGUCGGUGCAUUGUUCUAUAAACGAGAACAAUUGAAAUGUGAUGUUAUGUACUGUCAUUAUAAAUAUCCCGAGAAGUUUUUAAAGGACAUAUCAAUGGAAGCAGAUCAAUUUUCGAAAGAUAUAUAUGCUCUUCUUUUUGCAAUCGUCAUUCUUCGAGUGCUUUGUUACUAUUUGCUGAAAUGGCGCAUUGUAUUGAGCCGAUAAGGAGAUUUUCAUGCAUAUCACUACUGUAUGUGAUUAAUCUUUUACUAAUAUACAGAAAUAUACAAGUUUUGUUCAGGGACACAUCCUUAGAUACAAAGAAAUCAUGUGACAUCCAUAUUUAAGCAGUUAAUUAAAGUUAUUGUUGAAUUUUAUCAUAAGUUAUGUAUUUUUAAUUAUGACGAAUUUUAAUAAAAUGAGGUAAUCUAGUUAAAUCUUAAAAAAGAUUUAUAUCCCCUUAAUGAGCUUUU